AUGGCAGCAACAGCAGCACAGUCGGAGGCAGCGCCUCAGGAUAUUUCCACGCUACUCGAGACCAUCACCAGUUGUCUCUCCGGCACAGGAUCCUCUCUUCCAACAGACGCCUCGAUCGACCCUCCGCAAGAAGGCAUUUCGCUACUCAAUACUAAGAGCGAAUUGCUCCUUUCCUACCUCCAUAACCUCGUCUUCCUCACUAUCUUUCAGUUGAGGGGUAUUUCAUCAGAAGAUUCGCCUGGGGAGGAUGGCGAAGCAAACCAGUCGCUGCAGGAGGAUGUCGUGAAAAAGUUGACUGAAUUACGAGUUUACUUGGAACGCGGUGUCCGACCAUUGGAGGGACGGCUGAAGUACCAAGUUGAUAAAGUUGUCAAGGCAGCAGAGGACGCUGAAAGAGAAGGGCGGAAUGCGCCAGCGCCUACGAAGAACAAGACAAAGAAAGCACCGGAGUCGGAUAGCGAGGAUGAGUCAGGAUCCGAAGAAGCGUCUAGCGGCAGUGAAGAUGAAGAAAGCGAAGACGAGGAAAAUAUCGAUGACAUGGCAUACCGACCGAAUGUCUCGGCUUUCUCCCAAGGUGUCCAGACCCAGGCGAAGCCGACCAAAUCUGACAAAACAGAUCAGAAAGCACCAAGCGACGGAAUUUACCGGCCACCCAAGAUUAUGCCCACUGCUCUUCCUACUACCGAACGUCGCGAACGCGAGGAUCGUCGUCCUCGUCGGUCAAAUGUUGUUGACGAGUUUGUCAAUGCUGAAAUGUCGUCUGCGCCCAUGAUGGAAGCCAGCAUUGGCAGUACGAUCCGGUCCGGUGGAAGACACACGCGAUCACAGAAGGAGAAGGAGCGUGAAGAGGAGAGGAACGCAUACGAGGAAACCAACUUUGUGCGACUGCCCGCAGUCAGCAAGGAAGACCAGAAGAAGCAGCGAGGCCGCCGCGGUGCGGAGAGUACGUUUGGUGGUGAAGACUGGAGGGGCCUCACUGAGGGUGCCGACCGUAUCGCCAGGCUCACGCAGAGGGGCAAGGGAAGUGGCAGCGCAUUGGACAAGAGUCGCAAGCGGAAAACCACCGAGGACAUGCCUCGCGGCGAUGGUGCCGGCGUGGGCCAAUUCUUUGACAAGCGACGGAAGAAGGUUGACAGCUGGAAGCGAUAG